AUGAGCGAGCCACGAGAUGACCGGGCUGUGCCACAGCCAGUGCUGGUCUCGGAUCGAAUGGCGACCGUGCUGGGCGCGCCGACGGGUGCGCUUCGUAUCCUUGAACUGACGGACUCAGCCCCGUCGAGCGCACGGCGUUUGACCAUUGACCCAACCGCCGUGACCCACUGGGCGCAAUGCUGGCAGUCGCUCUGCACCGCAUUGGGCAAACAGCACAACGCAGCAUCGCCACAACGCCAGCCAACUGUUGGUUUUUAUGCUGAACACGGCACUGUCACAACUCUCCUCCUGCACAGCCUGCGACAAGCCAACUGCAUUGCGCUCCCUUUGUCCGUGUCAGAGCAUGGACUCGCUCUGGCCCGCGACCAUUGCGAUCUGCUGGUCGCGCCUUUAACGCUGACUCUCACCGAGUCGACGCUAACUGUGCUACAGCCGUGGUGCUGUCUGCAAAUACUAUCAUACCAGCUCGUCAUCUACAGCCGCCCAAGGCAUGAAGACGACCCGGCAGGAAGUGGCCCGCUUUGCCCAUGGCCUGCCGAUGAGACUUGGGCCUACGUGCUCUCCACGAGCGGCAGCACGGGCCGCCCCAAGCUGGUCGCAGUCAGCCCAGCCAGCUACGAGCCCAACGUGCGGGACGUACAAGACUGGCUACAGCUCUCACAUACUGAUGUUGUGGCCCACACUACCCUACCCACGUUUGAUCCAGCUGUUCUGGAAAUUGGCCUCGCCAGCCAUGCUGGUGCCACGCUCGCCACCUGCCCCUACAUUUGGCGUGUGAAAAUACAUGGGCAGCGCAUCAACUUGGAGAGCGCUGUGCCCGUGGAGCACCAGCACCGGGCUAUAGUGGUGCCUGUUGCGUUGGCAGGCAGCUGGUUUUGUGUCUUUGAUAGCGACAACGCACUUGGUACUCGUUCAAGUACAGACGCCAAGCACACCACACGAUACAGUCCAGGGAGUCGACCUGAUGAAAUGGCCGACUACGCUGCAAGCAGUGGGUACCGCAUCACACUUGCAACCGACUUUUGGCAUGCCCCUCUGCGGUCCUUGGCGUUGCCUUCCCUCCUGCGUGUGGAGUUGGCCGCGCUAUGGCAGCAAUUUUAUCCUCAAACGCAGUUGGCUGAGCUUUUCUCGGCCCUCGAAAGUGCAAGCACUUUAUCAGAGUUGGUUGAAGCCGCUGGCCGGCCUCUGGCUAACCCCGCAACACCCUCACCGGAACGCAUGCUGUUGCUGCAAUCAUUUCGCCAAGAAAAGACCGUUACCCCAGCCCCAGAGUUGGAGGUCAUGAUUGCAGCGCGCAUGCACCACUUGUCUUAUCGAAGCGCGCUCUACAACUGGAACCGCAGCCAGGCCACAACAACCGCCCACUGGAACCCUGGGGCCAUCCAGCUCUUUGCGGCUUUGGAGUGCAUACGGCAUGAUCGACCGGCUUUACUCACACCCAAGGCGUCCUGGACGACUCCAUUCGAGGCUUGCGUGGAUUGUGACGUUGGUGUCAUUGAAUGCAGCCUUGACGAGCCUGUGCGUGCAGCAACAGCGAUGAACGGCUCGCCGCCUGCGCAACGGGAACGCCGGGCAGGCGCCGCGCGGUCGCUGGUGCUGGCUGCCGGUCAUGAUGGCUAUGUCAAGUGCAUGGAAGCCGCUUCCGGCUAUACAUUGUGGGCAACGUGUUUGCCCGAGCGUUGCGUGCGAAGCUCUGCGCGCUUUUGGCACGAAUGGGCUAUCUUUGGUAGCCAUGAUGGACACGCGUAUGCCCUGCAUCUGAGCGCCCUGGGGCAACCCAAAGACCUUUGGCGUGCCGAUGGCGCCGAUGGCGUUUGUGUCGCCCUGGAACCUUCCGUCUCCCGCCACAUCGUCCCAGUCAAGACGGGUCGCCAUGGCAGUCUGUUAGCCCCACCCACGGUGGCACUGCUUCAUGAUCUGGCACUGGUCUCUACCCUGGGUGGGCACUUAUUCACAUUUGCACUUGCUGACAAGCCGGGAUGUCCCGCCCUGCGGCGGCGGCACCAUGUUCGCCUUGAAGCGCCCAUCUUUGGAGGCGUGGGCCUACGCACCGAUGAAUAUGUGGCGGCCGUGGCUACGGUCGCCGGGCGUGUGCACUUGCUGCGUGUGCCAGAUAUGCAGCCGCUGCAUGAGGUAUCUGCAGAUGCACACAUUUUUGCAAGACCAGUCUUUGCGUCAAGUCUCGACAGUUGGCUCGUGCCCACCCAUGCACCGGCGCUGCUUGUGAUGUGGGAAGACCCGGUGGCGGGAACGGAACCUGGCACCCAGAUUCUCAAGACACGACAGUGCCCUUUGCCAGGCGUGAGCAGCACCGCAUGCUUUGUGUGUGCGAGUGAAGCUCCUGACGUAUGGAUCUCUUGCGCUGAUGGCCAAUUGGUAUGUGUGCAAGAACCCUUGGGCGCCGGUCAUGUGGUGGCUACGGAUACUGGGCAUGCGCUCUUUUCCGCACCUGUCGGGGUGGCACACCCCACCGACAUGAAUGUGUGGGCGCAAGAUCGGGCGGCUGGCGCUGAUCAUGAGCCGCACAUGCAGGGACUGGGGCAGUUAGGACUUGCCUUUCAGAACCAAUACCCGGGUCUUGCACUGCACAUGGGGCCCCAGCAGCAGGAUGCUGUUGCUCAAGUGUCAAAAGCCAACGCCGAGCUGCUGCAAGAAACGGCCGCACACGCUCGACUUCUUGAGGUUGGUGGGGCUCCGACCCCUCGGGAAGAACGCAGAAGCAGAAAACCAUGCUCACCGCCUGCUCUUACUCCCAUCGCGCUUGCCCUGCCCCCCGUGCGCAAAUGCUGCCGCGUGAUAUGCGCGCGCGAUCUAACAGGCACAACGUCAGUUGGAGCUAAUGCAGCUGUUGGACUCGAGUGCUGA